AUCGUCACGUGAUUUCCUUGAGUUUGACAAUAGUCCAACACCAAUGGAAAUUGAAUUUCAUUUUUAUGUAAGUCACGCAAUCACACAAGCUUAUUUGUGAAGUGAUACUGGAUUUGAAUUAAAAUUAAAAAACGAGUAAUAUUAGCAUUGAGAAUGAAAACGGUUGCCUUGGAUACCGUUUUAUGUAUCAAUGAUGUAUCUGUUGUUGCCAAGACGACGCAGAUUCUCAGCAACAUCACGUUUUCAUCAUGCAGUGGGGACUUUCUUGCAAUUAUGGGACCUUCAGGUGCUGGAAAAACAACCUUACUAAAUGCUAUUGCUGGAAGGCAGCCAUUAUCUUCAGGGGAGAUCACUCUAUCUGGGAAGAACUUUGACAAACAGUUGAGGCGCCGGUUAGGGUUCGUUUUGCAACAAGAUGUUUUCUUUUCUCGCCUCACUCUCUGGGAAACACUAUAUUUCACAGCAAUGAUAAGGUUACCUGAGCAUAUUUCACUUGCAGAGAAGAUGGACCGAGUGGAUGAAAUCAUCAACAUGUUAGACAUACGAAAAUGCGUAAACACGAUUAUUGGAGAUAUGUUUGAGCGAGGAUUGUCCGGAGGAGAGAAGAAAAGACUAAGCAUUGCUUGUGAACUGUUGACAGAUCCGGAUAUACUCUUAAUUGAUGAACCUACAUCGGGUCUAGACUCCAGCAUAGCGUUAACCCUUAUCAAACAGAUGAAAAUAUUUGCCACUAAGUAUAAUAAAACAAUUAUUGUGUCUGUACACCAGCCAUCAAGCCAGAUCUAUCAUAUAUUUGAUUCUUUACUGCUGUUGGCCAGUGGCAAAGCUGUAUACUUUGGGGGUGCACACACGGAGCCGUUGGAAUUCUUUGAACAAAUGGGAUUAAACUGCGACGAGAUGUACAAUCCUGCAGAUUUCUAUCUUGAAGUGCUCACAGGUGACCAAGCUAAAAUUGACGAGAUCGUGUGCGCUUUUAAACAAACGAACACACCUUUGAUGAACAAGUUGUCAGUGAAACAAAAUAUUGAUGGAAAUGGAACACUUCCUGCAAUUGCCUCCAGUUACAGUGGUUCUUUGAAAAGGAGUGGUCCAACUUCAAGCAUAAUAAGCAAAAGAUAUUCGUGUGGAACAGUUGUUACGCUUGAUGAACUUGACAUUAGCCACUUGAAAUCUAGUCAACAAAGAUGGCCGUGCGGGUUUUACACACAGUUUCGUAUGUUGUUCUGGCGCAAUUUUAAGCAGUCAAGGGGAAGAAUCCUACAUCUUUAUGAUGUCAUUCAUUGCGUUAUAAUAGCAGCAAUUGUAAGCAUGGCGUUUUUCAAGAUUUCAGCGGAUGCCAAAGACUAUAGAGACAAGAUGGCCGUGUGUUUCUUUUGUGUUGCUUUCUGGACAUUUGCGCCCGCGUUAGAGGCAGUUUUAGCAUUUCCAGCAGAAAUGGAUGUUGUUUCUAAGGAGCGAGCGUCAGGUGCCUAUAGAUUGUCUGCCUACUAUUUUGCCAAAGCAGUGAGUGAGCUACCGUUGCUUUUCCUGAUGCCGACGUUGUUCUAUAUUUGCGUUUACUGGGUGGCGGGACUUAAUGGCGUGCGAGAAUUUUUCAUCACGUGGCCAGUACUUAUAAUGAGUGUCUAUAGUUCGCAGGGCAUGGGUUUGUUUCUUGGCGCAGCCAUAUCUGAUGUAAAGCUCGCUUUUGCGGCAGGGAAUACAGUAUUAAUCUUUUCCUUUCUAUUCAGUGGAUUUUUAACUCAGUCCAUUCCACAAUGGAUUUCUUGGAUGAAAUAUCUCUCUCAUAUUCAUUACCCAUUAAGUGCAAUUUGUCUUGUCGUUUUUGACAAUAUGGAACCUUUGUCGUGUAACGAUACCAGUGUGAAAGACUUGGCAAAAUGUUCACAAAAUGAGACAGCAGUGAUCACGUCGACGGAUAUACUAUAUGAAGCAGGCAUGGUACUUCCGGUCUACUGCUACCUCGCCACUUUUGCACUUAUUUUUAUUUUCUUGAGAGUUGCUGCUUAUGUUGCCCUACGUUUUAGAAGUCAUAUUCCCCAGUAGCUUUUCUAAGAAAGGGGAAAUUGAAUAUUCCUCAAUGAUACUGGAUACAUUUCCCCAAUAAACAAAUAUUGAAUGUAUUGAUUCAUAGCCAGGAUGUUGGAUGUUUUCAAACAAGAAGCACUGUUUAUUCUAACAUAGGUGCAGGAAAUCAAAUGAAUGUGAAAAUGUGUAAUGAUAACCAUAAAAGAUGUUAAUAAGAGGAGAAAAAUAAGGACGCCUACAGAAGACUUUAAAAUAGUUAGCUAUUUACUAAGACAUGCAAGAGCCAUUCAGUUUCACGCUUGCACACUUACCAAAUUGAUUAGCUUUGAAUCAUUUAGAACUGACAAUAAGUUAAUUUCAUAUGAAAGCCAUCUCCUAGCCUUUCAUAACGCUGAAAUAAUUUUUAAAAUCAGACCAUUAUUGAAAAAGAUAUUGCAGUUUGUAAUUUAAGAAGAUUAUUGAUCGUGGAGGCUGACAUUUUGUGUGUUUAUGACGUAAUUUACACACUGCUGAUUUCUUUAUUUAGCAAAUAACCUUUAAAACAUAUCAAUUUUGUAUGUUUCUUGAGUGUACGAUGUAAAACAUGGUAAUUUCUUUCAUCAUAGCUGGAAAUUAUAGUGAAAUCAUUGUACAGAAAUAAUUAAAUACCAUUCAAAUA